CCAUUUUCGGAUUUUGUAUUUACGCCCUGCCCUGCCUCGUGGUAUGAACGCUGUAUUUCUCGCCGCUUGGAAAACCGCUCGCCGCUUGGAAAGCCGCUCGUGCUUCGCCAGCUCUUGUGUCUUUCUUGGUCCAUAUAAGACGCAAGAACUGACUGCGCGAGCCCCCGGUGGGACUUUCGAGGCAUUUCUUCUGCAAAGGCCCUGUCAAGUUGAGCCCUCGCCUUUCCCUCGUCUUUCAAUCUGCCACAAGACUUUCGCCUCUUUUUCCUUCCACAACUUUAACGACCUUCAUGUUUAAGACGAAGCACGACCUCGGGAGUCCUAAUUUCAAUCUCAAUACCCCCAAGAUACCCCCCAAGAAACUUCCACAGUCGCCACCUCUCAUGUCCCCUCGGUCUUUUAGCAGGGCUGAACAUCGAUCGUUCACGCUAAUAAGACCGUCUCUUCCAACCUCAGUAUCACGGGCGCCCACGCCCAAGCCUUCGACACCGCAGCCCCUCAAGUCCAUCCUGAAGAGCAAACCGUCCCCUCCUCGUGACCCAUACGAAAGCGACGGAGAAAUCAUGACCGCCAAGAAAUCUUCGCGGCAAAACGUCUAUACAGUGCCCAGCUCCCUUCCGCAAAAUGCGCACUUGGGUCCCAUGAAGGGUCCCGCACUAAAUCUUCACUGGACGUUGCUCCCCUACCACCCAACUCGAUCAAAACGAUUUCUUCACUUCGAUGUUGCUUUCCCAACUCACGACAUCGAGUUCAGACAGAACUCGUCUUACGGUGUCCAACGGACAACCUUGUCCGAUGCCGAUCUUGAUAAGCCGGCUGCAGAUGAGAAGCUGGUCAAGAUGACCAUCAACUUCCAGCGAGGUCCAUUCGAGUGGGACAUCGACGUGAAGCGUGAUCAAGGCAUUCGCGUUUGCGACGUCUUCGAGGCGAUAUAUGCGUCUUUCAACGUACCGCUUACACCUUAUGAGAAAGGCUUGAUCCCGCACCAUCGCCGUGCGGCAUAUGAAGAGGCGUUCAGGCUUCGCUGCAAGCUGGCGGCAGGACUUCCUAUCGUCGAGCAGCGCAAAGGCUGGAAGCGCGUAGACACGCUUCUGCACGAGACCCUCUUCCGUGGCCUGACGCAGCCGAAGUCGGGAGGAGACUGGGUAUUGAACCUCAGCGGGUCAGUCCCAAAACACUGAAGAACCUCACGAUCAUUGCAUAGUUUUCCGAGCAUUUUCUCACUGUAUUCUUGAACUGGGUUCCAGCAUGCCAGCCACGCUCGUUUGGCUUUAUCAUAUUGUAUCACCUACUCUCAUUCUUCGA